AUGGAGAACCCAGGUUGCACUUGUACAUGGCGAACCAUGUACGAGAAACCACGAACCAUGUUAGUUAACUUCACAAACAUGGUUGUAAAACUCGGAAAAGAUGACCCCAGAAGGAUUAUUCACUCCUUUAAGUUCGGAUUCGCACUGGUAUUAAUCUCUAUUUUGCAGUAUUUUCGUCCCUCCUUCUAUGUUCUUGGUGACAACAUAAUGUGGGCCGUUAUCACUGUCGUUCUUGUCCUAGAAUUUUCCGUGGGUGCAACGCUCGGAAAAGGUUUAAACAGGGUGUUGGCAACGGCGUUUGCCGGUGGUCUUGCCGUUGCUCUCCGCACAAUAGCGAGUUUUUUUGGAGAUAAGGGACAGGCGUUUGAUUUCACAGCUGGAACGGUGUCGUUUAUGAGAUUUUCCCCGCGACUGAAAGCGAAGUAUGAAUAUGGGAUGAUUAUUUUCAUUUUGACCUUUUGUUUAGUCGCUCUUUCUGAGAGCAGUGAGAAUGAACUGUUGGAAGUUGCACAAGAGAGGUUAUUAACGAUCAUAAUUGGGACUUGCAUUGCUAUUACGGUUUGUAUUUGUGUAUGCCCCGUUUGGAUUGGACAGGAUCUUCACAAUCAAAUUGCUUCCAAUGUUGUAAAAAUCGCCGACUUUUUGGAAGGAUUUAGAGAUGAAUACUUCAACAAUUUAGAGAACACAGCAGAAGAAGUCGAGGAGGAUGAUAAGUCAUUUCUCCACAAAUAUGAAAGUAUCCUAUCUUCAAAAAUUAAUGAAGAAACAAUGGCUGUUUUGGCGAGAUGGGAACCUCGUCAUGGCAGGUUCAGAUUUCGCCAUCCCUGGAAGCAAUACUUGAAGAUCGGAAACCAAAUUCGGUUGUGUGCUUACAAAAUUAAAGCUCUCAGUGUCCUCCUCCUUCGUUCUGAUCAAGAUUGA